AUGCAGAUUGAAGGAGAACAAUUAGUAAUAAGUAAUAAAACAUAUAAUGAAUACAUGGAUUAUGUAAAGACAAAUUUAGUUCAAAAUUUAAAUAUUAUGGAAGUAGCUGGAAAUAUUUUYGAAGAUGAUCAGGCAAGUCUCGUACAUCAUAUAUCACAGGAAUUAACUUUGAAAGAGGGUUUGUCACUUGAAUUCCGACUUCGAUUUGGGAAUCUAGAAAAUAAUCAAAAUAAAGAAAUUACAGAUUUAUUGUAUCUAAAAGAAGGUAACCGUUACAUAAUAUAUAUGGUACUAUCAGAGAAAGAAAAAAGUCAAAUUACUUAUGGAAACGUGUAUCAUUGUUUGCAAAAUUUGAGAAUAUUUUGUUUAAACAAUCAAAUAACAGAUUUAGCUUUAUCAAAAACAGGCGAUCAAAUUUUCCAACUAGAUUGGGCAACAGUAAGAAUAAUGUUAAGAUAUCUAUUUAAAGGUACCAAGAUAAAACUUWGAAUAUUUACACCAAAUGAACUUACGGAUAAGGAAAAAAAUAUUAUUAUUAGGGAAAUGCAUGAGAAUCCUUUGGCAGGACACAGAGGAAUUACGAACACUAUAAAAAAAAUUUAA